GCCGAACUCCGCCUCCUGCCUCCCCUCACUACCGGAAAUAACGGGUGGCCCCUCUCUAGCACACCAACAAGCACGGCUUUAUGGAAACAUUGUAGUUUUGUCCUGGAUCUAUUAGAGUCCAAAGCUACCUUGGUUAUACUACUGAAAUGACCAAUUCAACAAAUAAUACUAUGCAGUAUGAGUAUUAUCUGGAUUACUUUGAUCUACCUCCAGUUGAUGCAAGUAAACUGACAGCCUACAGAUAUUCAAUUGUCAUAAGCUUUUGGACUGGACUUGUUUCUUUUGUGGCAUUUCUCUUCUUUAUUUUGUUCUACAUGUCUCGAUCUGGUACAACAUCCAUGAAGACUGGAGGAUCAAAGAAGUUUCCAUGGAAUUAUUCAGAAACUAUUCAUCAAAAUCUUGUUAACAAUGACACUGUACGAAUAUCUGUACAUAACCAAGGAGAAGAAAUUGAACGGCUCUGUUCAAGUAAUAGGUUACCAUGUCACCAUAUAGACAAUUCAGUGUAAAACCUUCUCAUAAGUGAAACAUGAAGCCCACUACAUAUUAUAAUAUAAUGUGCUAGG